UUGUGACAUUUGAAGUUGCAAUAAGAGAAGUUCUAUCAAACUGCCAGAAAUCCAGCAGUUCAACACAAUAUACCCUAACACCAAUCACAAGUACUAUAGCUUCUAGAAUUGCAGCCAAUAGAAAGCGAAAAAUAUAUGAUAAAGACACCUUCAAAGAAGAAUUUCCAGAUCUCACUGAGGAUGAGGACAUUAAGGAUAACAUGAACUAUUAUCCAUCUGAUGGCUCCUUGGAAUUUUUUGAACCAAGUUUGAAAAAAGCAAAAAUCACUAUCAAGAAUCCUAGUAACUUCUCAGGCUGCUCCAGCUUGGAAGAUGCAUGA